GAAGAUAAUAGUGAAUAAUAUAGAAGCAGAUAAUAUUAUUUUCUUCUGGGGUUUUUUGCUCUUUCUGAUAAACCCUAACCAUAUCAACAUCUCCAACAUUCAUAGCUCUGCUCUAACCACCUAAGGUCAGUGUAUUGUUUUCUUCUUUCUUUCUCUCAUACUGCUUAUUAUUGCUAUCUAAAUUCUGCUUUAAAAACUUCUUGUUUUCAUGUUUUAUAGUAAUCUAUUUCUUUGAUAAUUCUACCAAGAAUUGGGACUCCUCAUGGAACCCAAGGUUCUUCUUUCCUCAACAUCAAGACCCUUUGCUCCAAAUGGAACUUUUCCCUUUUCCAUUUCACAUAAAUCAUCUUUUCUUCAUAAAACUAGAAUUUGUCCAGUGACCCAUCUGGCUAUAUCAGCAAACCAUUUUGGAAAGACUCAAAUUUUGGGCAAAAGUUUAGCUUUUGGAGAAAAGAAUGGAUCUUUAUGUAAUUUAAAGACUCCAUUUUUGGGCAAAAGUGUAUCUUUUAGAGAAAAGAAUGAAUCUUUAUGUAAUUUAAGGAAACCCCAGGUGCCUAAUUUUACAAUUAGAGCAGCUGGUGCUGUGAAGAGAAGGAAAGAGCUUCCUUUUGAUAAUGUGAUUCAAAGGGAUAAGAAGUUGAAAUUGGUUAUGAAGAUUAGGAAGAUUUUAGUGAGUCAGCCUGAUAGAAUUAUGUCGCUUCGCGAAUUGGGUAGGUAUAGAAGAGCAUUGGGUCUGGAAAAGAAAAGGAGAUUUAUUGCUUUGUUGAAGAAAUUUCCUGGAGUGUUUGAGAUUGUGGAAGAAGGGGCUUACUCACUUAAGUUCAAAAUGACUCCUGAGGCUGAGAGGCUUUACUUAGAGGAAAUGAAGAUUAGGUAUGAAAUGGAGGAUUUGUUGGUUGUCAAGUUGAGGAAAAUAUUGAUGAUGUCUUUGGACAAACGGAUUCUGUUGGAGAAGAUUGGACAUCUGAAGACUGACUUAGGUCUUCCAUUGGAAUUCCAGGAUACAAUCUGUAGGCGAUAUCCACAAUACUUCAAGGUAGUUCCAACUGGACGAGGGCCGGCACUUGAGUUGACUCACUGGGACCCUGAGCUUGCUGUGUCUGCUGCACAGAUCGCAGAAGAAGAGAAUAGGCAAAGAGAGUUGGAAGAGAAAGAUUUGAUCAUCGAUAGACCACCAAGGUUCAAUAGGGUGAAGCUUCCUAAGGGUCUUAAACUUUCAAAGGGUGAGAUGAGAAGGAUUAGUCAGUUUAGAGAUAUGCCUUACAUUUCUCCUUAUGAGGAUUUCUCUGAAAUAAGGCAAGGUACUCCGGAAAAAGAAAAACAUGCAUGCGGUGUGGUUCAUGAACUUCUGAGCCUCACAGUCGAGAAAAGGACUCUUGUUGAUCACCUUACUCAUUUUAGGGAAGAAUUUAGAUUCUCUCAACAGCUGAGAGGCAUGCUGAUAAGGCAUCCUGAUAUGUUCUAUGUCUCUUUGAAAGGGGAUCGGGACUCCGUUUUUCUUCGUGAAGCUUAUCAGGAUUCACACUUGAUAGAAAAGAACAGGUUAUUGCUCAUCAAAGAAAAGCUUCGCUCCCUUGUGUCCGUUACAAGAUUCAAUCGGAGAACCACUCCACAAACUGAUUCUGACGGAACAGAAAAAUCUGAGUCCAAAUAUGGAACUGAUGCUGAGGAAGGUGAAGAUUGGUCUGACAUUGAUAACUUGGGGAGUGAUGGAUUUGAUGAUGGCGAUGAAGAUUCCGAUGAUGACUGGAGUGAUGAUGGUGAUGAAGAUAUACCUCCUGACUUCAGUGACGAUGAAGGUACUGUUAACCUUGAAGACAGGAAACUGACUAAAAAAGUUAAUGGUACAAAGGAGGAAGAAAAGAAUCUAGUCCCUGUUUUUCCAGAUGGCCGGCCCCGGGAACGCUGGUGACAAAUAUAAACUUGUGCGUGAGAUUAUUUCAUGCAUGAAAGACAUUGUAAAAGAUCUUAAGUUACAACAUCUGCUACUAGCCUAUUACAUUCGCACGAAGUUUGAAAUCCCGGGUAAAAGGUUCUUCCAUUCUUUCGACACCCUGUCUUUUCUCUUAAUAGGCCUUGGCUUAGCAUAUUUGCAUCAGACUUAUGGUUUGAUGUUGUCGUUAAGUUAAAUAUCUUUUAGAUUACACAGCUCCUAUAUGCUUCUGCUGGAAGUGGCAUGUGAAUUCUUAGUUCUGUACUAAUUGAGGCGCUAAAGCUUUCAAAUGUUAAGAUUGUUUGCCAGAUUGUAAAAUGUGGCUUUACAUAAUACAACAUGGUGCUCAUGGCUUAUUGA